AUUUUACUAGCGAUUUUGCAUGAUUUCUUGUCUCUGUAACAUGGCUCCAUUUUCGCAUCCUUGUGCUAAGCAAACGGUCGUCGUAAAAGGACACAACAACGCAAGGCCCAACAACGGACGAAAACGAAAUUUCAAUUUCAAACCGUUGUGUUUGUAAAAAAAGAGAACUGAGAAGUGAGAGGAACCGAUACGAUCGAAUUUCGAUGGGAUCAGACCAUUGCAUGGAAUAUUGAAAUACGAUUUUGAACUGUGACUACCCACACAAAUUCAGAGUUUUGGAGAAUGGCUACUACAUCAAAUGUGGAGAACCUGCCACCCCAGACGAUCCGUCUGGUGGCCCGCGAGCUGGCCAGUCUGCAGACAGCCCCCCUGGAGGGGAUCAGGGUGACGUUCAGUGAGCAGGACGUCACACAGGUGGAAGCACUCAUUGAUGGACCCGCCGGCACGCCAUACGCCGGAGGUGUGUUCCGUGUGAAGCUCUCCCUCAGCAAGGACUUUCCUCGCUCGCCGCCCAAGGGCUUCUUCAUGACGAGGAUCUUCCACCCGAACGUGGCGGCCAACGGCGAGAUCUGCGUGAACACGCUGAAGAAGGACUGGAAGGCCGAUCUCGGCAUCAAGCACCUCCUGCUGACGAUCAAGUGUCUGCUGAUCGUACCCAACCCGGAGUCGGCGCUAAAUGAGGAGGCCGGCAAGAUGCUGCUGGAGCGGUACGACGAUUACUGUCAGCGGGCCAAAAUGAUGACCGAGAUCCACGCCCAGGUGGCGCGCAGCAGCAAGUCUGCCGACGAAGGCGAGCCCAUGGCCAAGAAGCACGCCACCGAGCGGCCGGCGGGCGCGGCUGCUGGCGCCGACAAGCGCCGACCCAAGGACAAGUCAAAGCGCACGCUGAAGCGGCUGUGAGCGAACAUCCUGUCUCGCGCCAGCCCGGCGGCAUCUCUUCCCUCUCUGUCCCUGUUUUCUGGCGAGUGUGUGUGAGAGAUCUCGGGUGUCGGAGCGGCCGCGGUACAAAGUCUCAGCCGGCAGUGGCGUUGAGCAGCUGGCUUCGUUUUAUAGGCUGGUUUUGAUGCGGCCCCGGUGACUGAAGUCGAGGCAAUAUGGGCUGGGUGACUGGGCGGACCACAACGGGGGCUUCAGGCGAAUCGAGUAAGGGUUCACGCUGACCCAUACAUUGGGCGGUGAAGUACACAAGGCUUUGAGAGUUUCGUAUGCAGUUACGCAUGUCUAAAUCAUCGCUGUGCCGGUACGAGGCACUGCCCUUUCAUAAAUCUCACGCCACGGGACCGCGGCGCAGGAGCGGCCGGCGCCGACCCGUUCCCCGUGUGAUAGUGGACCGUUUAGCUAUCGGGAGAAAAUCAUCAGCGCCGACAAGUCGUCGCGGUGUAUGUGCUGUUCUAUGCAUGCCGUAAUAAAUGUGUGCGUGUCAUCUAAAGAA